GACAGUAUUCUGCUGUGGCCAAGUGUCAGGCUUUUCCGGCACCUGCCCAAGCGGAAAGGGCAUGCUUUCUGCCAUGUACUACCGCCUUGUAUUGACCUCAUUCUUAUUCACCGGCUUUGUGAAAGGUGAAGAGCCUCAAUCCUCGGCGCUGUAUUCAAGGCUCUUGUUGCCUUAGCUUAUGGUGGAGUCAACUUAUCUAAACAGUGUUUUGAGCCGCGCUUGCUGAACCAUACUAAGAUGGCUAAGAAACCGGUAAACUGGUGGUUAUGGACUAAGCUGUUUGUCGUAGGCGGUGCCAUCAUGGUUGGCGGCCCAGCUCUCACGAUGUGGCUUACCCCCACAGACGAGGAACUAUUUCAAAAAUACAACCCAGAGCUUCAGAAGCGGAGUCUUGAGAGGAGGUAUGAGCGGCAGAAGGAGUUCGAUGACUUCGUUACAAAACUUAAAGAGUAUUCCAAAUCCGACAAACCAAUAUGGGCUGUCCAGGCCGAAGCGGAGAAGGAGAGGGAGAAGCAGGCGUCCAUCGCAGAAACGGUCAAGAUGGCCGAGGAGAUCAAAGCUAGGAGAGAGGCAAUGAGGAAAGAGGCCGGCUUGCCGGCGCAACCGGACUCAUCCGCGUCUGGCAAUCGGUGAUGAUGACGUGAUGACUAUCUGUAUUAUGUCCCAUUGUCACCACUUAGCUUGUAACGUGUAUAACAGAACCAAAACAUUCCUGCUCCGGCAUUGUCAGGCUAAAAUUCGAAGUUGAGAGUCGAAGCCGACGACUACAUUUUCAGGGCAGUAGAUGGCUGCGGCAACGGGACUCGGAACAAGCUUCGGUAACUUGGAUGACUU